GAUGGAUUCUGCUUACACCGGAGAGACAAGUUAAAAGAAGGGCGAAAGUGGAUGUUUUGAUUUAUUUAGAGUCGUGUCGAGCUCAUAAAUGUAUUACAUUUGAAACAUUCACGUAUUGCCGUGACGGGAUAAGGCAAUUCAACCAUGGGAAUUCCAUAAAAUGGAAUGUGUGCUGCCGUAGUCGAUCCCACGACAGCUUGUUCAGGAGAAGAGAAGCAAACAUGGACAUGGAAGACUUUCCUCCCCCGCCUCCUGAAAUAUUGGCAGACAACAGCACAUUUGAUGAAGACGAGGGAGAAGCCUUUGACUUUGACAGUGGUGAUGACAUCCCUGAGGCACUUCCAGCUCCUGAAGUCCAUAACGGCAUGGAUCAGAGCCAGCACAACUCUGUGGAGGGGUAUCCCAGUGUCUUGGAGCCUCCAGCAUCUUUCUCCAACACAGCCUCCUCAUUAGCAGACCCUCCAGCUGCCACAAGCAAAUCUUCCUCAGCAGAUGGCUCCGCAGAAGCUGAAGGGACAUCUGUUGCUGAGGGGACUAAUGACAGGGAAAAAGAUUUACCACCAUCUCCACCUCCUCUUGGCUAUGACAUACAGACAUAUCCUAAAAGUACAGGCAGUGAAGGUCAUAAUGCAUCCACGGGUGACCCUGACCCUCCCCAGGAGUUCCUUAGGCCCUCCUCCCAAGGUAAAGUCAACCCCUACUCUGUGAUUGACAUCACUCCUAUGCAGCUGCAGCAGCUGGAACAACAGCAUGGAUCCUUCUCUUCCUCUUCCUCAUCAACGGAGCCAAAGGACCGGGAGGGAGAGGUCCAGGAUAUCCACCCAAGCUCCCCAGGCGUUACCUCAGGAUACUCUGUGCCUGUGCCAUGUGGCUACGCUACCCCCUCUGGGGUACCGCUCAUCACACCAGCCUACACCACACCUGUCCUCAUUCGACAUCUCUCCAUGGAUGAAGAUGUGAGUGUGGUAGGGACCAGCAUCGCCUCUGCUGAUAAUGUUUUCAUUGAGGAAUAUCCAGCUAUUACAGAAGAAGAUGCUUUGGCUAAAUGGGCUUCAGAUCCUGCCAACACUGCUUGGAUGGAAAGUCCAGAUGAGGUGAUCUAUGAUGACGUGCCCAGAGAGAACUCUGACUCCAACACAGAACCUGAUGAAAUGAUCUAUGAUGAUGUGGAGCUCGGAGAGGAGGGCGGCUGCAGCAGCUCCCUUGAUAACGGCUGGAGCUCGAGUGAGUUUGAAAGCUACGACGAGACCAGUGACGGAGAGAGUCACGCUGAAAACGGCUUGCCCCAUGCCUUCAUGAGAGGAAAACCACCACAGAAGAAGAUCCAUCUCUCCCAAGAUCUGACACGCUUGAAAGAACACUAUGAGAAAAAGAUGAAAGAUCUAAUGGCAAGUACAGUGGGAACUGUAGAGCUGCAGCAGCUAAAACAGAAACACGAGCUGAAGAUGCAAAAGCUGGUGAAGGCAGCCAAGGAGGGGACUAAAGAUGGACUUCAGAAAACCAAAGCUGCGGUGAAGAAGGGACGUUCCUUCAUCAAAACAAAGUCGUUCUGUCACGAGAGAAAGUCGGCCUGUUUUGAGGAUGAGUCUGAACUUUUUAUUGAGGUGGACUGUUUCAAUGUGGAGCCUGUGCUGUGUCCAACACCAGAAGGUCUUAUGCAGCAGCAACUUGUAAGAAGAUGUAUAUUGAGCUCUAUUUUAGAAAGUGAGAAGAACUAUCUUGAUGCGCUCAAGAGGAUAUUAGAGCAUUACGAGAAGCCCCUGUCCCAGAUCGAGCCCAGGCUGCUCAGCGACAGGAAGCUGAAGAUGGUCUUCUAUCGUGUGCGUGAGAUCCUGCAGUGCCACUUCCUGUUUCAGAUCGCACUGGCGAGCCGUGUGACUGAGUGGGACGACCUGGAGAUGAUCGGGGAUGUCUUUGUGGCAUCGUUUUCCAAGUCCAUGGUGCUGGACGCCUACAGCGAGUAUGUGAACAACUUUAGCACAGCUAUGGCAGUCGUAAGAAAGACGUGCGCCUCCAAACCUGGCUUCUUGGAGUUCCUUAAGAAUCGUCAAGAAACCAGUGGUGACAGGAUGACUCUUUAUGGUCUGAUGAUGAAACCCAUACAGAGAUUCCCCCAGUUCAUUUUGCUCCUUCAGGACAUGCUGAAAAACACCCCAGCGGGUCACGCAGACCGUCUGCCGCUGCAGAUGGCCCUGACUGAGCUGGAGACGUUGGCCGAGAAGCUCAACGAAAGAAAGAGGGAAGCCGACCAGCGCUGCGAGAUCCGUCACAUUGCAAAGGCCAUGAAUGAACGUUACCUUAACAAGCUGCUGAGUAAUGGUAGUCGCUACCUGAUUCGUUCAGACGACAUGGUAGAGACCGUCUACAACGAGCGUGGUGAAAUCAUUAAAACCAAGGAGCGACGCCUCUUCCUCCUCAAUGAUGUGCUCAUGUGUGCCACGCCCAAUAUCCGAUGUCAGGAUGGUAGUGGGAGUGGCAGUGGCAGUGGAAAUGCUCCACUCGACCAGAGGUUCCUCCUGAAAUGGAGUGUGCCUCUAAGCUUCGUGGAAGUGCUGGAGUUUGGCUCGAGCGAGGACAUGGUGGACAGAAGCCGCCACCCGACCCCUCACUCCGGGGAAAAGGUGGUGAUCAACGCCAAGCCAAACAAACUGUACAUGGGCCCUGGUCAGCUGUACCAAGACCUGCAAAACCUAAUCCACGAUCUCAGUUUGGUCAAUCAGAUCUCCACUAUGAUCAGCAGCCUGAAAGGAAACUAUCAGAAUGUGAAUCCCACCGUGGCACAGGAUUGGGUAUCCGGUCUCCAGAGGCUAAUUCUGAAGAAGGAAGAGGAGAUUAGAGCAGCUGACCGGUGCAGGAUUCAACUCCAGCUGCCCGGCAAACAAGACAAGAUGGGUAAACCAACAUACUUCAGUGCAGUGUUUAAUACACACAGCCCAGCAGUCAAACAGUCAUGGAUCAGUAACUUGCAGAUGGCCAAGUUGGCUCUAGAGGAGGACAACCUGCAGGGCUGGUUCUUUGCAGAUGAUGAUGGUAAUCAAAUCAAAAAGCAGAAACAUCCUCUCUUGCUUCGACAGAUGCCUGUUGUUAUGUCCAAACUACAAGAGUUCAAGGUGGAAUGUGCUGUUCACAAUCCAGAGCCCCACAUUAACACAGAGAGCACGGCUGACUCUCCUGUCGUGGGCCACGGUUGUGUCUGGGUUGCAAGUUGCACUAAUCAAAUGGGCCAAAUCGCCAUAGUGGCCAUGCAGAACUCCAGCCCUAAAGUGACUGAGUGUUUCAAUGUGGAGUCUCAAAUCCUCUGCAUGGCCUACGUCCCAACAGAACAACUUCAUGAGAACAGUGAAAAUGUCCCGGAGAACUGCCAGGUUCUCGUUGCAAAGACAACUGACACCCCCACUGUCUGUUUAGGCAUGGAAGAGGGCAGCAUUAUUGUGUAUAAGAGCAGCCAGCGGUCCAAGAAAGUGCGUCUGCAGCAUUUCUUCACCCCAGACAAGUCUCCAGUCACCAGCCUGGUCUAUAAAAAGCACUUUCUGUACGUCGGCCUGGUUUGUGGCUCCGUGGCCAUUUACUCCAGAUCACAAGAUGGUUUGUGGAGCUACGACAAGCCUACGUUACUGAAGCUGGGAGUCCUUCCUGUUAAGGCGAUGCUGGCUGUGGAGGAUCACCUCUGGGCCUCUUCAGGUGGACAAGUCUUCAUCGUCAGCACCCACUCUCACUGUGUGGAGAGGCAGUUGGAGGCCCACCAGGAGGAGGGCAUGGUGGUGUCUCACAUGGUGGUGGCGGGGGUGGGUAUCUGGAUCGCGUUCAGCUCCGGCUCUACGCUGCGCCUCUUCCACACUGAGACCUUGGAGCACCUGCAGGACAUAAACAUCGCCACAACUGUUAACAAUGUUCUACCUGGGAACCAGAGAGUGUCUGUGAGCAGUCUGUUGGCUUGUCACGGCCUACUACUAGUAGGAACCAACUUGGGCGUGACUGUGGCUCUUUCUGUACCCAGACUUCAGGGCAUCCCCAAAGUAACGGGUCGAGGAAUGGUGUCGCUGCAUGCGCACAACGGUCCUGUCAAGUUCCUCGCCAUGGCCACUGCGGUGUGUAACCGACCAUCUGGCCUGCCCACUUCCACCCCUUCCUCUUCACCCCAGGAGUCACAGGAUGCAGACGGCGCUCACCCUUCGUCAUAUUCAACACCACCUCAGGGACGAGGCGUGUGGUUGGGAGAGGCGGGCUGCACCACCAUGGCUCUGCAGGACUCUCUGUCAUCAUCCUGUGGCUCCCUUGCUCAAUCCCAAGGAUCCUUGGAGCAUGGUCCAGAGGACGGGGCCCUUUAUGACAUGCUUCAUGACCCUGCCCAUCACCAGAAGGGUCAACGCUCAAGCAAGGUGGAUGUCAGCUCUCUGCUGGUGGUGUCUGGAGGUCUGGGCCACCGAAGGGUUAACAAAAAGUCUAAACAGUCUCGCCAUGAGGACAACACAUCCACCAUCAUGAUCUGGCAAAUCCCAUUACUGAAUAUGUGA